AAUUAAUUAAUGGAAGAUUUGCAGAGAGUGUUGCAACAUGAACAUCAAGUAUCAGUUUCAACACUUGCAGAUAAAGGCCGCUGCCUCUUCACUUCUAGACACUUUUCUCCAGGUGAGGUAAUUUUAAGUGAAGAACCGUAUGUUUCUGUACCAAACAAAACAUCAGUGGAAUCACGAUGCGAGAUGUGUUUUAUAUCAAGUAAUGUGAAGAGGUGUUCGUCUUGUCGUGUUGUAUGGUACUGUGGGAGCAAAUGCCAGAAAUCCGAUUGGAAGCUGCAUCGUGUUGAAUGUCAACUGCUUUCCCAGUUAGAUAAAAAUAGAAUUAGAUCUCUUACACCUUCUAUACGUUUGAUGGCCAAACUUUAUCUCCGGAGGAAGUUGCAGGAUGAGAAGGUUAUCCCAACUACUGUGAUGGACAACUACAAUCUUGUUAAGGAUUUAGUAUCUCAUAUUUCAGAAGUUGGAGAGACGCAAUUGGUGUUGUAUGCACAAAUGGCAAGCCUUGUUAGCAUAAUACUCCAGCGGCCUGAUCUCAAUAUUAAAGAAAUUGCAGAAAAUUUCUCCAAGUUUGCAUGUAAUGCACACACAAUUUGUGAUAGUGAGCUGAGACCAUUGGGCACCGGACUAUAUUCUGUCAUUUCCAUCAUAAAUCACAGCUGCUCUCCGAAUUCAGUUUUGGUAUUUGAGGGACGAAUGGCAACGAUACGUGCUACACAACAAAUACCGAAAGGUAGUGAGGUAUUAAUAAGCUACAUCGAGACAGCAGGAAACACAAUGACUCGGCAAAAAGCUCUAAAAGAGCAGUACUUCUUCACUUGCAGCUGUCCCCGUUGCAUAAGACUGGGUCAGCCUGAAGAUAUUGAAGAGAGUGCGGUUCUUGAAGGUUACAGAUGUAAAAAUCAGACAUGUGAUGGUUUCUUGCUUCGCGAUCCUGAGAGUGAAGGAUUUAGAUGCCAACUAUGUGGGCUUCUAAGGGACAAAGAAGAAAUACUAAAGAUUGCUGGUGAAGAAAAAGCAAUGUCAGAGAAGGCAUGUGUGGCUCUUUCCUCUGGGCAUAUCAAGGAAGCCCUCGAAAUAUACAUGAUGGUUGAGAAACUUCAAGUGAAGCUUUUUCAUCCCUUUUCUAUCAAUCUGAUGCGAACUAGAGAAACUCUCCUAACAAAAUUGAUGGAGCUGCAAGAUUGGAAGCAAGCACUUAAAUAUUGUAGACUAACCAUCCCAGUUUAUGAAAGAGUAUACCCUAAAGUUCAUCCUCUUCGGGGACUGCAAUACUAUACUUGUGGGAAGCUUGAAUGGUUACUUGGGUACACAAAAGAAGCUAUUAAAUCACUUACACAAGCCGUUGAUGUAUUGCGAAUAACUCAUGGGACGACUGCUCCUUUCAUGAAGGAUCUUAUUGCUAAGUUGGAAGAAGCACGAGCAGAAGCUUCUUACAAGCUCCUGUCCAUGGAUGAUUAGAGUUGCUUUGCUGGAGGAUCAACAUCAUUUUGGUGUAUAUGUGGCCUUCUCUUGCCUCUCCUUGUAAGCUGCAAAGAAGAUGAAGAAACAUCUACUGAGUGGCAUGGCAGAAACCUGAUGAGCCACUACUGUUGCAAAACUUUCUAUCCAUCGAAUACUUGAAGUAACAAUGUGCAUGUUGUGCACGUAGCUUUUGAGUUCAAAAUUCCGUAGUUCCUCAUGUUACAGGUUUUUGAUAUGGUUACAUAUUAAUAUCC